GAGAUAGGGUCUUCGAUCGAACACUGGCGUGAGAGUGUCCUUGUGAGGACUGCACCUGCAUCGACGGGACAUUCGAGCUGCCUGAGCCUCCAGAGUCAUAGCGGACAGCAACAACCGGUGCAUCAAGGUACUGCUUCGAAAGUACAAUCACAGUACGCCAGUGCGGCGAGGAAUUAAACAUCGCCGGCUUGGGUAACCGUUAAGAUGAGUCUCUCUGCGUCGGGCGCACUCCUAUUCGCACUCGCGGCAACAGCGGUGGCCAGCCCGUCCCGUGACCGGCGCUACACUCCCGACUGGUCGUCGCUGGACACCCGCCCGCUGCCUUCGUGGUUCGACGAGGCCAAAAUCGGCGUGUUUCUUCACUGGGGCGUGUUCUCGGUGCCCAGCUUUGGGAGCGAGUGGUUCUGGCACAACUGGCACGAACAGCGAGUCCCGUACGUGGAAUUUAUGAGGCGCAACUACAGACCGGGCUUUACGUACCAGGAUUUCGCGCCGCUGUUCACGGCCGAGUUUUUCGACCCUAAUCGCUGGGCCGACAUCUUCGCCAAGUCGGGAGCCAAGUACGUGGUGUUGACGGGCAAGCACCACGAGGGCUUCACGCUGUGGCCUUCUGAUGUUUCGUGGAACUGGAACGCCAAAGAUGUGGGACCACACCGGGACUUGGUGGGAGAUCUGGCCGACGCUGUUCGGCGCCGCGCAGGAUUGCGGUUCGGCGUGUACCACUCCAUGAUGGACUGGUACCACCCGCUCUACCUGGCAGACAAGGCAUCCGGAUUCGAGAGCUCCUUCUUUCCACCAGCUAAAGCUAUCCCUGAACUUAUGGAGAUUGUGGAAAGGUACGAGCCGGACAUUGUGUGGUCCGACGGAGAAUGGGAAGCGCCGGACACUUACUGGAACAGCACCGCUUUCCUCGCCUGGCUGUACAACGACAGCCCCGUCCGCUCCUACGUCGUGGUCAACGACCGCUGGGGUAAAGGGGUCCGCUGCAAGCACGGAGACUUCUUCAACUGCGACGACCAGUUUAAUCCAGGCGUGCUGCAGCCGCACAAGUGGGAGAACUGCCUGCCAAUCGACCAGGGCUCGUGGGGCUACAGACGCGACGCAAACCUGUCAGACUACCGCACGAUUGGCCAACUUCUCGACAUCCUGGCGAGCACGAUCAGCUGCAACGGCAACCUGCUCAUCAACGUCGGACCGACCAAGGACGGCAUCAUCUCUCCGAUUUUCGAAGAGCGGCUCACACAGUUGGGGCAGUGGCUUUCUGUGAAUGGCGAAGCGGUCUACGGAUCGAAGCCCUGGAAGUACCAGAACGACACGGCCACGCCAAACGUGUGGUACACGGCCAAGGAUGAUGUGGUGUACGUGUACGUAAUGAGGUGGCCUAAGAACGAGCGGCUCUACCUGGAGUCAUUGGAAUUGUCACCGCAAAGUAGAGUAACCAUGCUGGGUCUACCGACCGCGCAGGAGUUUGCAUGGACAUCAGUUCAGUAUACGGGAGAUGCUCCCAGCAGUACAGCUGCUCAGAAAGGCACCGUGGUGUCUUUUCCCAAGCUGACACCAGACCAGCUGCCCACGCCAUGGGCGUGGGUGUUGAAGGUAGAAGCCCCUAUGUAAAUUGAUAUUUGCGGGAAAAUUAUCAAAGUCAAGCUUUUCUAAUCCACUCUGGAGGAAAAGGGGCGGGUGGAGGUGGGAAAGGCCGCGAUUCGGACGGCGUCCGCCGUGUAAUUGGGGCCGGUACUCCAACUAUGCACCGUACUUACACGAUUGUAAGCCGACUCGAAUGUAGGUCGACCCGCAUGAAAUCGCAUGGUAAAAAAAC